AUGAAACCAAUUAAUUUAUUUUCCUUUAUUUGCCUUGUAUUAUCAUUCUGUGAUUUCACAGAGAAAAAGAACAUUCUUUUUAGAAUUUCACUAAUCAAAACUAGACCAUUUUCGAGAGGAGAUUUAAAUAAUGGAAAAAUUGACCCAGAUAUAUAUGAUACAGAUAUAUCUGAGAAACUGUUAUAUGAUAUUGAUGAAUCAAUUGAUAGUGAAUUAUCUGAGGAAAAUGAGGAAGAGGAUCAACUAAUCUUUAUAGAUGAUAUGGAAAGAAGCAAUUUAGAUUUACCAAUUUCCGAGAGUGGAAAUAUAAGUUCUGGAGAUGAAAUGGAAGGUAAUAAAGAAGAUACUCAAAAUAAUGUUCAAACUGAAGGCGAAUUAAUGAUUGACGCAGAAGGAGAAACAUUAGGAUUUAAUCCUAAAUUGUAUUUCAAUAGUCACAAAUGUUUUUUAAUGAUAGGCUUUGAAAUCGAGUUUUUGGAAAAUCCUGUUUUAAAUAAUUCUGGGAUAAUAAGGUACAUUAAAGAAACGGAAAUUAACAUUGAAGAGGAGGUUAAUGAUCAAGUUGAGAAUUCCGAAGAUGAAAAAUAUAAAUUGAUUGAAUUGGAAACAAAAAACAAGAAACAAGAAGAAAUUACUUCUUUAAUGAGGCAAAUUAGAAACUCUUGUUGGUACAUUACUUCAGAGAGCACAUUGCAAGAGUUUAAAGAUGAAGUUUUGAGUAUUAUUGAAAUUAUUGAAUCGAAAAUUUGUCAGAUUAAUGCUAAGUUAGAGUAUUACAUUAUGGUAACAGAUCAGAAAAGUCUUGAGUUUGAUUCUACAAAAUAUGAGAGAAAUCUAGAAAAGAAGAGCAGGUUAUUGGGGAGAAAAAGCUCCUACGAAUUAGCUUUGUCUUCAUUCAGAAGGAUUGAAGAGUAUUGGAGUCACCUUGAAAACCUUCCUUAUAAUGACUAA